AAUGGCUGCAAUUUGCAAAUUUUCCUUAUAUUUAUUCUAGAAUAUUUUUGACAUGGAUGACCCCACAUAUAUAAUAUUUCCCAGCAACUUCGUGAGCUUCUGAAGUCAAUAACGACUGCAAAAAACUGUCAAUGUUCUAACACACUAAGAUACUGCUGAUUGCUGAACUCUGUUGAUCAGCACACCAGUUGCAGUUGUCUAUCUAGCUGGGAACUUCGUCGUCCUUCAUGAUUUUAGACCGGGAGUUGAAGGAAGCAGCUAGUAGAGGUGAUGUGAAGUUCCUUGGAAAAUAUGUAUCAGCUAAACCCACCCACUUCAUCCUCGCCUCAGAUCAUAACGGUGAUAACAUCUUCCACUUAGCCACUCGUGGCAUUAUGAGUACACCGUUCAUCAGAGAAGCAAUUCAGAUACUGUCGACUCGAGAGUUGCAUAACCUCCUCUCUCAACAAGAAAACUAUAGGAAGUGGAACCCUCUUCAUUUAGCAGCAAUAUGGGGUAAUUUUGAGUUGCUCCAUCUAAUGCUUAGCGUUUAUAAAAAACCUUCAUCCUCGUCAUCAUCUGGUCUUCAUCAUGUUGUGGUACAAUAUCCUCCUGGUGGAAAACCAUGGUUAGCACGCGGUAAAGAUGGGAGAACUCCAUUGCACAUGUUCCUUGAAUUUAAUGAAGAGAAAUGUGGAUUAGAGAUAUUGUUAAUGGAUUUGAAUUUGCUGUGUAGUAUAGUUGAUAAUUAUGGGAACAGUCCCCUCUUCCUCGCGAUAUCAUAUGGGUUCAACAAUGUCGCUCUGAAUAUCUUGAGAUCUGACUGCUGUUAUAGUCUUAGCGGCCGCCAUGGUUUCAACCCCUUCCAUGUUGCUUCUAAAUGCUCAGAAGAAGUCUGGAGGUUGCUAUACAAGAAGCACCCUGAACUCCUACUCCUAGUUGGUGAAGACGGGACCUCAGUGCUCCAUGAGUGGGCGAAAGAAGGCAAACUGCGGCUGCUCCUGUUGCUGCAACAGGUUGACACUAGUAGUCUUGAGAAACUGAGCUUGUUAAGAAACGCUGAUGGUGAUAUCCCUCUGCUUGUUGCGGUUAAACAUGAUAAUGAAGAGUUUGCAUUAUGUCUGGUGGACAAAUGUAGGGCUUCAGAUGCCACACUAUGGCGAUAUGAGAAUAGAUGUGAAUUUACAGCUCUUGAUUUGGCACUGGAUAAGGGUUGGGAGAAUCUAGUGUUGCAUUUCAUUUCCAAGGAUUCUUGGACUUAUAAAGAGCCUAUUGGUCGAUGGCAGAGGCGGCUCUUAAUAGCUGCUGAAAAGCAAAUGGGUGAAGUUGUGAACAAAAUUUGCAACGCUGCUUUAGAGUUGAUUGGUGAUGAAAACUUUUCGCAAUUUAGUACUUCUACUGAAAAUUAUGAUGGCCGGACUGUCUUCUACAUCGUGUCACAUUGCACAGAAGAAAUUUGGAGGUUGUUGUACAGGAAACAUCCAGACAUUGUUCAUGUUACUGGUGAGAAUGGAACCUCAAUGCUCCAUGAGUGGGCAAAAAGAGGUGAAUUGUGGCCGAUUCUGUUGCUGGAAGAGGUUGACAUGGACUCUUUCCACCAAUUAAGCUGUUUAGCAAACGAUGAUGGUGAUAUUCCUCUACAUAUUGCAAUUGAACAUGAUAACGAAGAGUUUGCAUUGAGCCUGCUGGAAAAAUGUACAAUCCGAGAUUCUCCACAAUGGCGAUAUGAGAAUAAAGAUGGAAUUAUACCUCUUGACUUGGCACUGUAUCAGAAUUUAGAAAAUCUUGUGUUGCAUAUCAUAUCAAGGGAUUCUUGGAUAUGUAAUGUGCGUAGCAAUAGAGGUGAAAGCCGGCUCUUCAUCGCCACUGAAAAAGGAAUGGAUCGAGUUGUGCAAAAGAUUUGUGAUUAUGUUGCUGCAGACUCUACACAGUUAAAUACCGUUCCCACUGAAAACCAUGAUGGCCGGACAAUCAUGUAUGUCCUGUCUAAUUGCACAGAAGUAACUGCGAAGUUGUUAUUGAAGACAUUUCCGCAGCUGAUGUACAAACCUGACCAAAAUGGCAAAAGGCCUAUUGACAUAGCAUCAGAAUUUGGUGCUGGAUGGCUUACCAAAUUGUUGAUUAUAAAAGACCCUUCAUCAAUCGCAAUUUCUCCCAAUGUUUGGAUAGAACUAUGCAGGAGAGGCCAUUUAGAAGCUAUUGAAGCCUUUGUAAUGCAUUACGACGAUUUUAGGCAGCUCUGUAUAGAACAAGAAGACUCGCCCUUGCACAACAUCAGGCUGACCACUUACCAAGAGUAUGAGAAAUUUCUAGCUAUCCCAUUGCUUUGGGAGAUGAAAAAUAGACGUGAUUACGAUGGAAAAACACCUUUGCAUAAGGCACUUGAACGUGAAGAUAUACUAUUUGCAGAAUUACUACUCCAUAAAGGUGUCAAUCGCAGCAUUAGAGACAGAAGGCAUAAAACUGCUACAAAAUUGCUGGCAGAGCUAUGCGACCAAUAUUAUGAAUGGGAAGAGAUGGCUCAACGAGUGGGGAUCAAUCCUCGGCUUAGGAAUUUGGGGUCAUCAGCAGGAGAAAUGCGAACUACAUUGUCCGUUGUGGCAGCCCUUCUAGCAACCCUUACAUUUGCUGCAGCAUUCACUGUCCCUGGAGGCUUUGACCAAAGCACAGGAGAAAUCAUCUUAGUAAGGAAGGUAUCGUUUUCAGUGUUCAUACUCGCAGACACAUAUGCAAUGUGUUGUGCCAUGUUCGUAUUGUUCUGCCUCAUAUGGUCUAUGGUUUGUGAUCAAGAUGAAUCCCAACUACUAAUUGAUCGAAGUGUGCUAGUACUCAUCCAGUCUUUUUAUGGCACGUUGGUGGCGUUUAUGACUGGAGUCUACACUGUUGUGCACCACAAGUCCUUGUGGGCUGCUAUUCUUAUCUGUGUCAUGUGCUCGCUCGUAGGAAUUUCAACUAACAGGAGUAUUUUGUUCAGAGUUUUAGAUAAGUUGGACAGAAAAGAUGAAGCACGAUCAAAGAACAAGGCAGGUUUUCCAUUGAAACUUACCUAUUAUUUAAUUAUUUUGAGUCUCUUUUAG